GACAUCCACAUCCUCACACACAGCAACAGGCAGCGGCCACCACACGCGCAUCCAACAUGUCGACAGCCACGAUGACUCCGAGUCGAUUUGGUUCAUCUAUUUCCGGCCGACAGCAAGAUUACGGUGUUGCAGGCCCAUCAAUGGCAGACACACUGCCAACCGUCGAUUUCAACUUUGAAGAGCUCCGGCAACGCAUGGCACAAUUUACGCAACGAUUCGACGAGUUCAUUGAGCGUGGGAGAAAGCGAGUUCUGGAGGAGAAGAAUGCCUUCCGGAUGAAUGUUGCGGACUUGGAGGACCAACAGCGACAGAAGAAACAUGCGAUUGCAGAACUGGAAAGCAAAUCGUCGAACCAUGCGCACACAUUAGCAAAAGAGGCGCAAGAGACGGCCGAGAUGCAUGACGCGAUCCGGUCGCUGACUGCUGAGAGGGAGGAGCAUACCAAUCGUCGCGACCAGCUCAAGACUGAGAUCGCAUCGACCCAAGCAAGGAUACGACAAAAGAAGGAGGCUCAGGCUGCGCAUCAACGGUCACUCGAUGCUCAAGCGCGGCACAACAUGCCCGAAUUGCGGUUCUGGGAGACUUGUCUGGGGCUACGCAUGGAAGGAACAGGCGUCGAGGACCGGCUCAAAUUCGUUUUCCUUGGGCUCGACAGCCGGGACGCGGAUCGAGAGUGCUGGUUCGAGCUGCAGAUUGGCGGGAGGGAGUACGAAAUUGCGAGCAUGAAGCCACGCUUGGACAGAGAAGAGGCGGCGGAGGCGCAGGAACGACUGAACGAGACGAAAGAGCUUGGGCCAUUUUUGAAGGCGAUGCGAAGCUCAUUCGCGAAGGCAGUGCGAGUGUGAUGGCUUUUACAGACGACUACGCCUGCAAGCAAUGUCUUUCUUGUUCAUUCUGAAAAUUCGUCGAUACCAGCGACAAGUGAUAGCCUGAGUCGAGAUGUAGAUUGCGUGCGAAACAGCGGACCUACAUGAAUGUCAGAUGGACAUCGUCCAGGGUUGUUGUUGCUGUCUGGCUUUCCAGCGCACUGACUCCCCGC